AUGAGCAAAAUAUUGUUUGGUUUUUCUCACUUCUUUUUACCGACGCGUUUGGCUUUCGAUAAGCUUUGGGUUCAGAAGCGGCACUUUCGUCAGAAAUCAAAACCUUUUUUGGUGCAGCUCUUAAGCAACGAUACGCCAAAGCUUGGUAAAUUGGGAGAUGUGGUUUCAGUUUCUAGAGGGUACUAUCGAAACGUGUUGUUUCUCAAAAGACGAGCGCUUGCGGUCUCUGCUGUAAAUUUGAAAAAUAAAACAGUAGAAGAAACCGCAUCAGCAAAAGGACCAGAAAGUUCUCAGCUGCCUUAA